GGUCACGUAGGCUCAGUCUCACCCUCAUCACGUGAGAGGGGAACCAGCAUGGUUCCUUCCCGCGCUGCCUCACCUGUCUAAGGUCCGCUGGACUCAAAGCGCAGUUCUCUGGUUCCGCUGUUUCCAUGGAGUGAAAAUGUCUCCUUUCCCAGAAGAGGUAGAUGUCUUUACAGGCCCACACUGGCGGAUGAAGCAGCUGGUGGGUUUGUAUUGCGACAAGCUGUCGAAGACCAACUUCUCCAACAACAACGACUUCCGCUCUUUUCUCCAGUCACUAUGUGCUACCUUCAAGGAAUUUAAAAUGCAUGAGCAAAUUGAGAAUGAAUACAUCAUUGGAUUACUCCAGCAGCGGAGCCAAACUGUCUAUAAUGUGCAUUCAGACAACAAGCUAUCAGAGAUGCUCUGUCUCUUUGAGAAGGGGCUCAGAAAUGUUAAGAAUGAAUAUGAACAGCUGAACUAUGCACAACAGCUGAAAGAAAGACUGGAGGCUUUUACACAGGAUUUCCUUCCUCAUAUGAAAGAAGAGGAGGAGGUGUUCCAGCCGAUGCUAAUGGAGUACUUCACCUAUGAGGAACUGAAGGACAUUAGGAAAAAGGUGAUAGCACAGCAUUACUCACAAAGGUGCUGGGAUACAAUGGAGGUUUUGAAGGGGCUGAGCCUAUGGAACCAGGCAGAACUGCAUAAAGCCUUCAAAUACUCUGUGCAUGAAAAGGUGGAUGAGGGUUUUGAAAAGAAUACAAGUUCAAUCAGUAUUUCCCACCUUCCACCUGAGGUCCUUUUGAAGGUCUUCAGGCAUCUCAGUCCGGAGGAUCUGUGCCGCUGCAGUCGAGUCUGCUCAUCUUGGUCACAGGUGGUUAAAACUGGAUCACUCUGGAAACACCUGUAUCCAGUGGACUGGGCUAGAGGUAAUUUUAACAGAGGACCUCCAGGAGACCUGGAUCAGGAGCCAGAUGAUGAGUGGAGAAAGAGCAGGGAAGAUGAAAAUAAAGCAUACCAGGAAUGGGAUGAAGAUGCAGAUAUCGAUGAAUCUGAGGAAGGUUGGGAAAACUCCCCAGCUGUUAAUGUAAUGCAGAAAGAGAAGAGCUUACUGUAUGGAAUGGUUCAGCAUCUGCUUCCAGUUGUCGGACCAUCUGUGAAGUCUCUCGUUUUGGCUUACAGUUCGACUGUCUCCAGCAAAAUGGUAAGACAAAUGCUCAGUCUGUGUCCCAACUUAACACACUUGGAUCUCACCCAGACGGACAUCACUGACUCAGCUUUUGACAGCUGGUCAUUUCUUGGGAGCUGCCAGACACUUGAACAUCUUGACCUUUCUGGCUGUGAGAAGAUUACUGACAUGACUUUGAAGAAGCUCUCUCUGGCUCUUGGAGACCUUACUUCACUAAAGGAGAAAGAAAGACUUCACAAAAAUUGUCAAAACAAGUGUAUAAAGACUUUACAGGAACAACAGUUGGUUAGUGUGCGGGGCAGCGAUGACUGUAGUCUCCAGUCCUGUGGUCGUCAAGCUCUAAUUUUCAAGAGAAAAACUGGAGAACAAGCAAGCACUCCGUCCCAUGUCUGGGUGUUAGAUCCUGUGGAUUUGGUUGAUAUUGAAGAUGCAGCAGAAUGGAAGCAAAAAAGCAGUGAUGGACUUGGUUUUGUGGAGAGUCAGCCAUCAAACAUCUCUUGUUGCUGCAGAAGAAGCAAGUAUGGCUUAAGGACUAGUGCCUAUUGGCAGCAGUAUACUUCCUCUUCUUCUGAGGCUCAUUGCGGUCACUCCUUCUGCUGCAAUGAAAUAGCUCUAAGGACUACUGGGACAUUCCCAGAACCCUCUGCACUGUUAAGGACUAGACAGACGGAGGAUAAGGACUUGAUUUGCUCUGGGAGUGAAAAAAGGACUGAUCAGCUUGAGGCUUGUCGAAGACUGAGAUUUCUCAGUCUGUCAGGAUGCUAUCAGGUCACAGACCUUGGCUUAAGAGUGCUCUCUCUGCGUGGAGGCCUCCCUCGGCUUGAGCAUCUUAACCUCUCUGGUUGCCUCUUCAUCACUGAGGUGGGACUACAAGAUCUCGUGUCAGCCUGCCCCUCUCUGAAUGAUGAGCAUUUUUACUAUUGUGACAACAUUAACGGUCCCCACGCUGAUACUGCAAGUGGAUGUCAGAAUCUGCAGUGUGGUUUCAGGGCAUGCUGUCGUUCUGGAGAGUGAACUCACUCUUGCCCUUCCUAACUGUAUGCUUUGUGUAGCUGAGCCUGCUUCCCUACCUGCACUUUACAUUAGGAAUACAAAUCAUUGUACCUUCUUUUACCGUAAUUGUUUUAUAUUGAUACAUGAAAAGGGUUAUCCUCAAAUCACUUCAAAGUAGAGCCUUUCCAGCUCUGUUUUGAAAAAUAUAUUUAGAAAAAUGAUUAGUUACUUGAGGUCUUAUGUUUAUUUCAGCUCACAUGUAAAGGGCAUGAUAGAUGUCUUUGUUCUCACAAGGUAUAUCCUCAUUUAUCCCUUUGGGUUAGAAAUGAACCUUUGCUGCCAGGGGCCAUAGGAUGUUGAUGUUUUGUGCCUAAGGCAUAUCAUUAGCUGUUACCACAGCUCCUCAAACCAUGAUGCUGACAGCAUAUGGUCAAUUUAAGUCAGCCAGGACACUCAUAGUCACUUUGAUAAAAGUGACACCUGUGACUGGCUGGGCACCCUCAUGCUUGCAGUGAUGUCAAGUGAUGGAGGUAUCCCUUACUGCAUGGGGUACUAUUUACAGUUCUCAUGCAGUAUGUGAUUCAUAGCCACUAAAAGUUUUAAAGUUCUCUUUCAAAAAAACCCCAAAAAACAGGUGAUUCCCAAUUGGUUGGGAAAGUCAAAGCUUUGUGACUUUGAGGAAAUACAUUUUAUAAUAAUGGUAUGUGUUUCUGCUUAAAUGAACUGUUAAAUCUGAAACCGUUUAGGAUACUUACAUUUACUGUCUUGGUUUGAAAAGUAUAGCAGUUGGUUAUUGACAUCUAUUAAAGUACAGUAGAUGACUAAUAACUAGAUGUCUUAUCCGUUCAUUACCAAAGUAAAGGGCACACAAAUUUAUUUAAAUCAUAUCUGGCAACUAGAAAUAAAAGUUUAUACAUUCUCUACCUAGUCACAUCUUGUGGAUUAGAAAUAUUAUUCUUAUAUUUUACAUUUUCACAUUCCUUACAGUAGCAUUUAUUUAGGAAAAAUGAGAACUUCUCCAUUAUUCUCAGAUAGUAUCCUAAUGCAAGACCUGCUAUAAGGAGGGAAUACAUUUUUGCACAUGUACAUUGCCUGGUAAUAAAGGUUCAUCAGACAAAAUUUGAUUUAUCUGAAUAUUUAUUCAAUAAAGAAAAAUCACUUUACCAAGAGAAAUUUGAGUUGGAUUGUUGAUGAAUCUGGGUAGUAUUUCUUUUCCAAAACAGUUUUUUUUAAAUAAGAAUUAUUCUGUUCAAUUGUUAUAAUUAAACAUUUUUAAUUUCCAGAAACUACAGCAGUUGAAGUUCAUUUGGAAAAAUGUAGAUUUCACUGUUGCUUCUUUGUUGUUGCUUACAAUUUUAUAGGGAGGUUUUUUCAGUUGCAGCACAUGGAUUUUGUUUUUUUUAAAUCUUUCAGAAAAGCCGAUUUAUAUUGGUGAAAAAGUCAUGUUUGAAUGAAAGUCUAAAUUCUACAAAUUGAGCUCAGAAGAAUUAUAAAGCCUGAACAGUUUGUCCACUAAAGUAAAAUUUUAAAUAAAGCUUUAAAGUAAUCCAUGUAAUUAUUCAAAGCUUUAGUGGCUGAUUCCCAAAGCCCAGAACUGGUAUUGCAGAAUUGACAUAUAAAGUGAUGGGUAAAUUAGUUUCUUAUCUAACUUGAGGACUGUAUGCUUUAAAAAAAGUACUGAAACUCUAAUUUGAAUUUCAUUUGUGUGGUAGGAGCCCAGUAUUUCACAAUUCAAAAUAAUUAGCACACAUUUGUUGGAAUCCUUUGAAAUAUUUUGCAUGAUGAUUUCUGUUGAGUGUAAUUUAAUCCAGAAAUGAGUAAAACUGAGGCUUGGUUAAGGA